AUGCUUGAGAAGGAAAAUGCUGAGAAGAAGAAAAAGAAGAGGGCGAGAAAAGAUGAUGGAAAAGAAUUACUUCUUUCGAAACAGCCAAAGGUUUGCGAUAGGGGGAGGAGUCCCAUUUGGACAAGAGCCCAAGAGGAGGCAGCUCAGAAGGAGGCAGCUCGGAAGGAGGCAGCCCAGAAGAAGGACGCCAAGCUGAAGGGAGGUGAAAAGAAGCAGACGAAGAACACAGCUGAGAAGAAGGCAGCUCAGAAGGAGGCAGCAGCCCAAAAGAAGGCAGCCAAGAAGAUGAAGACAUGUAGAAAGAACAAGCAGACAAAGAAGAGAGGUAAGAAGACGUUGUGA